CUGUCAUCAUUAGGAACCCAACUGUGCGAAAAAGACCAUUUGCACAACGAAUCUUAUAAAAAUCAUAAUAAGUGGAUAGGAGUUAAACUGAAAUAAAUGGAUGGAAUUUGCGGCAAUUGAGAACUAAGUUUUCGCACAAGGCACAAACCGCAAAAUCUGGCAGAAAAGAAGGCAAAAUACUGUUAAAAAAAUGUCUGGAAAGAAGAUGUCAAGUUCAGCUAAAGGUAGAAAUAGUCUACCGAGCACGAGCAGCAUGUUAGGCGUUCGUACGACUCAAAAAACUGCGCCAAAGUCACCGGGAUCACCCGGAAUAGUCAUCGCUCACAUCAAGGCUCAUGACAACUACAAACUUCUUCCACGCUACAGUGCUGCACUAAGCCGUCCUCAUGAUGAUUCAAUGCCGGCCGAAGACCUUGAUGCCAUUCAAUUGGAAUUGGAAUUGCUGCUGUCUACCGUGUCGCAGAGGGCGAGAGCUUUAAAAAGUGAAUACGAGUCACUGGAUCGAGAAGAUAAACGGGAUCGCAAAGGAAAAUACAUCGAGAAACAGCCAUCGUCGCCAUCAACGAAACGAAAACGGGAUGAAAAGAAGUUCAAAGACGGUGCAAAGUACUUUGGCAGUCAGGCGAAAGUGGCCCGUGUGAAAAAUGCUUCCUCACAUUCUCGAGUCGUCGCUCAACACACCGAUGACAGUAUGGACUCGGUACCGUAUUUUCCGACGAACUAUGCCCUGCGCGAAAAUCCUAAAUUGGUUAUGCCCAAGAAUGAUACUCCCAAUAAGUUCUGGUUAUCCGUCGAGCCAUACUGUAUGCCAAUAUCACAUGAGGACAUUAAGCUUCUCGAUGAUUUGAUUGAAGAAUACUCUGGAGCAUUGGUACCACCAAUACCAGACUUAGGCCCACAUUACAGUUCGCAAUGGGCGAAUGAGGAUCUCAAAGAUGAACAGGAUAAUUCCAAUCCGAAUGCUAAAACAAACAAGCGAUUUACAUCGGGUAGCAGUGCCGACGUGAUUAAUAUGUUGAAGAAAGGCGAGAAGCUUAUAGGCGAAAGUGUCACAGGCCCGUUAACUCAAAGGCUUGUGGCUGCAUUGCUGGAAGAGAAUGUAAUGCCGGAUGAUCAAUCAAUCGACAAUGUUGACAUUUCGGCUGAGAAUUCCACGAACAACCAAACACUGUCGAUGCUGAAGAAUGGUAUCAACAUCGAACGUAGGGUCAAGAAGGAGUUAAUUGAGCAAGGGCUCUUAGAUCCGGAAGAUUUCCAAAAAGAAUGCGAAGACGAAAUUCUUACCGAGAUCAAGAAAGUUCGCACCGAGUUAGCAUCGAUUGCCGAAUACAACUAUGAGGAGCUGAAAAAGUUGCAAAAGGCUGCAAAGGAUGAGAUAAAGCGGCUAGAAGUCAAGCGGAAAUUAGAUGCAGUCGAUCAAGAGAUAAUCGAAAUGUACAAAAAAAUCGGUUUAAUCAAGCAGAAACGAAGGCCGCUAACCAAACAGGAAAGAGACGAGGUGUUUCGAUUGACAGAAGAACAGAAACGAAUAUCGGAUCAACUAGAAGCGAUGAAAGUUCCUGGACCCAGCUUUAUGGAUUAGUGUUCCGUUGGUCGACCCGUUUCAAUCGAUAGACAGAAUUUGGGUAUUCUACGUUAUGUAAUCCUAGUUACGUAUUUACUAAUACAAUCAAUGGUCAAAAAUUGUCAUUGU